ACCAUUAAAAAUCAAUCAAGUUGAAAAUGCACAUUAUCGUUGUUGGUGCUGGACUAGGAGGCUUGAGUGCUGCUAUAGCCAUUUUACAAGCUGGUCAUGAAGUUACAAUUUUAGAAGGUGCUCAUGAAAUCAAUGAAGUCGGUGCAGGGAUUCAAACAUUACCAAAUGCAACCAAAAUUUUAUUUGAUUUUGGAUUGAAAGAUCAACUUUUAAAGCGUGCUACAAGACCUCAAUUUGUAUACAUGAAUCGUUGGAAAGGUGAUAAUUUGACAAAGAUGGAUUUCCACAAACAAGGUGAAAGGUUUGGCUAUCCGUUCUUAGACUUUCAUAGAGCUGACUUACAAGCUGUUAUGUUGGAAAGAACUAAAGAAUUGGGUGCGGAAAUCGUUGUUGAUGCAAGAGUUGAACAACUCUCUUAUGAUUUGGUAAAGAAAACAGUCACUUGCACCACCAAGAAUGGUGACAAAUUCACUGCUGACUUGGUUGUUGGUGCAGAUGGUAUUAAUUCGAAACUUCGUGAAUUACUUGUUGGUCACUCUGAUCCUCCAUCUCCAACUGGUGAUUUGGCAUAUAGAUUAUUGAUUCCUACUGAAAAGAUGCUUGAUGAUCCUGAGCUUCGUGAAUUUGUGGAACGUCCUCAGGUUAACUACUGGAUUGGUCCCCAGGCGCAUUGUGUCAACUAUAUUUUGAAAAAUGGUAAACUUUUCAACUUUGUUUUGUUAUGUCCUGAUACAGUUCCUGAUAAUAUGACCAUUUGUUCUGGUCAAGUUGAUGAAAUGAAGGAGUUUUUCAAAGAUUGGGAUCCAAGGAUCACUAAAUUGAUCAACCUAGUCCCAACUGACACUGUUGAUAAGUGGAAACUUUGCUACAGACUAGGUAUUGAUAAUUGGUCACAUCCUUCAAAUAUGGUUACACUUUUAGGUGAUUCAGUUCAUGCUACCUUACCUUAUUUGGCUUCAGGUGCUGGUAUGGCGAUUGAAGAUGGUGCUGUCUUGGGUGAAUGUCUCUCAAGACUGUCUAGUAAAGAAGAAUUAUCAAAAGCUUUGGCUGUUUAUGAACUUUGCAGAAAGAAGAGAACAGAAAGAAUUGUUUCAAGGGGUAAUGAACAGCAGUAUUUGUACCACUUAGAUGAUGGUGUUGAGCAACAAGAAAGAGAUCGGAUUUUACAAUUAGAUAACCCGCCAACUGGUGAAGCAUUGGUUUGGAGAGAUGUUGAAAUGGCUCCUUGGUUGCUUGGAUAUAAAGUGAAGGAGGAUGUUGAUAAGUAUUGGUCUAAUUCGGAUGCUCCAGUUCAUGAGAUUGCUGCUCUAUGAGCUGUGACUUUGGAGCUUUGGAGCUCUAGUUAUUUUGCAGUAUCUAUAAUAUUAUUUGUGCCACUCUUUGAAUUUCCGUGCCGUAGUGUAACUACUACUCAAAUCGAUAAUGUUGAUCUCAUAUGUUGUUCUCGCUGGUGGGUGCAACCGUACUUCUGACUCUUAAAACUACAGUGAAGUGUUAUGUGGAUUUAGAUUGUCCCCUUUUAUUAAUUGAUAAGCUGCCAGUUUUCGCGGGUGAAUAAAUCAAAAAAAAGUGUGUGUGGAUUAAUUUUUGCGAACUGGACGUCUUCAACUCCAUUUAAGACAUGUUUCG